GCUUAAAUGACUGUUAGAGUUACUGUUUAUGGUGUUUUAAAUGAUAAGCCCUUAACUUGCUUUGUUUCACUGAUGUGAGGGAAGUGUUUGAGAUCCUGGUCAACACCGUGAAGGACUCCAAAGCUGAAAACCACUUCCUGUCCUUGAUGCAGCACCUGUUGUUGAUCCGUAAUGACUAUUUGGCCAGGCCUCAGUACUACAAGGUGAUAGACGAAUGUAUCGCUCAGAUCGUGCUUCACAGAAAUGGAGCGGACCCUGACUUCAAGUGUCGUAAUCUCAGCCUCAACGUUGAAGGCUUGAUAGAUAACAUGGUGGACCAGACCAAGGUGGAAACCAGUGAAGCUAAGGCUGCUGAGCUGGAGAAGAAGCUUGAUGCAGAGUUGACGUCACGCCACGAGUUACAGGUGGAGCUUAAGAAACUGGAGGGUGACUAUGAGCAGAAGCUACGGGACCUGGGCCAAGAGAAGGAACAGCUGGCUUCUUCUAAGCAGGAGCAAGAAAUGGAAAACCAGGGACUCCAACAACAGCUCAGCACUCUAAAACAGCAGGUACACACAGACACAUAUGCACACCCACCUGUUACUGUGAGCUGUUAUGCCCCAAUAAAUUAUUUUUCAAAUAAGUCAAACACUAAUGUGUUUACCAUUCUUACUGUCAAGUGUUGAGCCUUAAUGUGACAA